CCUCAGGUGUGCAGUGCUUUGAAGCUGUAGGUGGAUAAAACGACAUCUAGUAAAAAAAACUUUAUUUUUGAUGAUGGGUCGCCUUAAACAUUGUAUGCGCGCAAGUAAAAUUAAAGCGGUCGUAGGAAGAGGAAAAAGAAAAGUCGGAACUUAUAACUGUGUAAAGAAUCGCAGCAUGACUCCAUUAAGAACCUCGAAUAGGCAGUCACAUCUUAAAAAUCUUCGCACUUGUUUGCUGUCUCCUGUUAAUGAAUCUGAUUACACCUUGGGCAGAGUGUUAAAAACUAGAGGAGGAAGCAUCAGUUCCAGAACAGCUGUAUGUAAGGACCUAGUAACCCACAGUGACAAGGACCCCAGCCAAGAUAGCACAAGUAUGAUUAUGCCAUCUGGUGUUUCCAGUUUUUUGCUGGAUUGUAUGGAUUCAGAUUUGGAAGCAGAUGUUACACUUCCUUCCAUUGAGACACUUCGCAAAGCUGAUACUUAUGUUGAAGCAACAGGUUUGGUAACUGAAGAUGAAAUGCUGCACCACCUCGUCAAGAACUCAACACUGCUUGAUCUGAGUCAUGCUGCAAAUUUAACUAUGCAACAACCUCCAAACCUGUCCUCAAUUCUGGAACUCUCACCUAUUCUUGAUAAAAGAGCUGCAGAUGAGUCAUUUUUUCUGUCCUCUCCUCAGCCUGUAUCACCUCUUUGCUCAUCACCUGUGGUUGGACCCUGGAAACAUUUUACAUCAAAAAAUAUAUUAGGAGGUGAGGAGAAAGCUGCUGAAACUGAUGAAAAGACUCCUGUGACUAAAAGAGCUGUGCUGUUCUCUCCUGUUAUAAAGAAAAAGCCUCUUACAGGAAGGUACAAGGCCAUAAAGUGCAAAAAGGUGACUUUCAGUAGUAUUAUUAACACACAAGAUGUAUUAGAGGUUGAAUCUGGUAAGGGAGAGCCUCAUAGCCAAGCAGAUGAUCACUGUGAACUGAGGGGGAGCGUCAUGAGUGAACACACAGGACCCCUGAAGCCUUUCACAGAGAUGGGAAAGUUUUUUGACUUUACAGAAGAAUUUCAGAAGGAAGAUUUUUUCCAAAAACUGAAACAGACCUACACCUUUCAGUUCCCUGCCAAACUGAUUUCCUUCAAAGACUUGCCAGGAGCUGAGGAGCUGAGGAUCUGAUAAUUAAUGUAGAAGAAAAUUGUGUGCUUAUCAAAUGUAACUGAAAAAAGCAAUUAGUAUCUGUGUUAAACACUGCAUGCAUAAGGCCUGGCAGUGAACCAGAACUACCUAUAUGGUUAAACAAAGUGGAAUAAAUAAAAAUGUAUAAAUGAAAAUACAAAA